AUGGACGACGUCACGCCCGAGACGGCCGCGCGAUAUCGCCAGGCUGAGGUGCAAUUACAAUUCUCGCAGCUGGGCCUGCCGGGCAACUGCCCUUCGGGCGUCUACCUGGCGCCGACGGAGCACGACGACGAGCUCAGCGGCGUUCUCUUUGUCCAUCGCGGCUACUAUGCCGGUGCAGUUCUGCGCUUCCGGCUUGUGCUGCCCCUCGCCUUUCCCAGUCGAGCGCCCCUCGUCUUUUUUGAGGGCAACCACCUGAUACACCCCCUUGUCGACGCGCGAAACUCGAGGAUGCUCAUCGCCGCCGGCUUCCCCAGCUGGGAUCCGAGGCGCGACAGCCUCUCGAGGCUCCUCUGGUUCAUCAAGGGCGCUUUCAAGAGGUUCGAGCUCGACAAGCUCAGUGAUGGCGUCGUCGCCAACGAGGAGUCAUGGAGGCUCUACCGGUCCAAUCGGCCGCUGUUCGCCAAGCUGGCCUCGCAGUGCGCCACCGUCUCGAGCAAUCAGUCGACGCUCUUUGGCCGCCAUGUCGACGGCCACGAGCUGGGGAGUGAGGCUGAGGCGCAGCGGCAGACGAGCAAAGAGGCAAUCGCCUUUUCCAAGGUCGAGGACCAGGACAUGGCAAGAAUGCGAAGGCAAAUCUUUCAAGAGGGAUACCAUUAG